UAGUUGGUUUAUCCAUUUGGCUCUGAAACAUUCCGUUCUCGGAGCUGUAACAAAAAUGGCCGCGGCCUCACUCUCUCAUCUCUCCUUUCUCUCAAACCCUUCACCUCGAAGCUUGAUCGUUCCAUCUCUCCGGCUGACUUCUCCUUCCAGGAAAGGCCGCGUCGGUGGUUCUCGAUUCAGAUGCUCCGCUGGUCAGACGGGAUUCUUCACUCGGCUUGGCAGGCUGCUUAAGGAGAAGGCCAAAAGCGAUGUCGAGAAGGUCUUCUCAGGCUUCUCAAAGACUCGAGACAAUCUUGCUGUUAUUGAUGAGCUUCUUCUUUACUGGAACCUCGCGGAGACCGAUAGAGUUCUCGAUGAACUCGAAGAGGCAUUAUUGGUGUCUGAUUUCGGGCCGAGGAUCACCAUUAAGAUCGUGGAGAGCUUGCGUGACGACAUAUUGUCUGGGAAGCUAAAAUCGGGUAGUGAAAUAAAGGAUGCCUUAAAGAAGAAUGUGUUGGAGUUGUUGAAAGGGAAGGGGAGCAAAACCGAACUUCAACUUGGAUUCCGUAAACCGGCCGUGAUUAUGAUAGUUGGUGUUAACGGAGGUGGAAAGACAACAUCUCUUGGAAAGCUGGCUUUUAGACUAAAAAACGAAGGAGCCAAGAUAUUGAUGGCAGCUGGUGAUACAUUUAGAGCAGCUGCUAGUGAUCAGCUGGAAAUCUGGGCAGAGAGAUGUGGAUGUGAGAUUGUUGUUGCUGAAAAGGACAAUGCCAAGGCGUCAUCAGUUCUAUCACAGGCUGUAAAGAAAGGAAAAGAAGGUGGUUUUGACAUUGUUUUGUGUGAUACAUCUGGACGUCUGCAUACAAAUUAUAGUUUGAUGGAAGAGUUAAUAGCAUGCAAGAAAGCUGUGAAAAAAGUUAUGCCCGGGGCACCUAAUGAGAUCCUGCAGGUAUUGGAUGGGACAACUGGUUUGAAUAUGCUACCACAAGCAAGGGAGUUCAAUGAUGUAGUUGGAAUUACUGGUUUAAUUUUGACAAAACUUGAUGGUUCUGCAAGAGGUGGUUGUGUGGUCAGUGUGGUCGACGAGCUUGGCAUCCCUGUAAAGUUUGUUGGCGUUGGUGAAGGGUUAGAAGAUCUUCAACCUUUUGAUCCAGAGGCCUUCGUUGAUGCCAUAUUUUCAUGAUGUGUACAAUAUGAUUUCUCGUUUGUGAUCCACCCAAUUUUGCACCCCAAGCAACAUCACCAGGCUCUAGCACAGGGUGCAAACCAUAAUAUUGGUUUGAAAUUGAAGCAGAAAAAUUUGCUGCCUGCGAUUCUAUUGGUUGAGCAAGUGGAAACCUGAAAAAUGCAUAGAUCUCUCACAUCUGUGGUUUUGAUGUCCAUACUUCAACAGCAAAAAGGCGUCUCCUGGUUGAUUGGUAAGAUUCUCAGGUCCAGUUGAACUCUCAUAACCAUAUACGUAUUGAAACUCCUAAGAGCUUGGUGCCUCCUUUUUUUAACCAUUGGCAUUCAUAAUUGAAUUAUGUUUGAUGCCAUUAUCUGUUUUGUUUUCAGUGUUGAUUUCUUCAAGUCUCUAUCGUAUUUCCUGUAUCGAUACUAUGUCGUUUGUUAAAUUUUGUGUUCCAUUGAAUAGGAUAAAUAUAAUCGAAAGAGAAAAAUACUCUUUUGGUCUCUGAAA